AAUAUAUCUUCAGUCAACGGCUUACUGUUCGCUUUUUUCCAUGAACCAAUAUUCGCGUUCGUCACCACCUCCUCAAACUCAAACAACUCCACCCGUCAUAUGAGUUCCGAGUUUCGUUUAUUUUUGCGCAUCGACGGAAAGACAGCACAUUGGAUUAUACUUAUAUUCUGACUCGGUUUCUCAUCAAGCGUGCUGCGAAUUUUGAAAUAGAUUCGAUCAUUAUUCGUUGUUAUUACAAGCACCCGCAAAAGUUAUCCACCUGCCGAUGUUGACCUUACUCGCCUUUGAUCUUUUGCAAUAAAACGAUCAGAAUAUUUUACUUACUCGCACUUAUUACCGAUCUACUUACCAUUAGUAGAUGGCAGUUCUAAGAGUGGUUAGAGACCACUGAUAUUAGUCAUAUAUCAGUGUUAGAGACCCCUUGUAAAUAAGAGUGGUUUGUAACGAUAUGGUUAUUGACCAAAGAGUAUUGUGACGGUCCGGGCCCUUACCCUUUUUAACCUGACUUGAUGAAUAGAAUCAAGACUGCUGUCUCCAUGCUACCUCGUAUAUUUCACAUUUCGCGAUGCGCUGCGUUAUUUUCAGGAGGGCUUGAUCGGAAGUACGCCGCCGUAGGGUUGAUAUGAGCAACGAAUUGGUUAUGAGCCGGGAUUAUGAGUCAUUUAAAUACCAUCUACAUUUGAAAUAUAAAAAUUAAAAUGACGUUCAAUGUAUCUAUGGUACCAUCCCCUACACCCGACGUUUAUAUGACCGUACACGGUGACCCAUAGAGGCGGGCCCAGUGGCUGUCUUCGGUCUAAAUAAAUGUGAAAAUAUUUCACUAUCGGCUUCGUCCUCCGUUUUUUUAUUACGAGCAUUUGAAAACGGGGGAUACGCGGUACAUGGCCCUUCACUUUUUUUUAUUGCACAACUUCACUUUGAUCAUAGUAGUUUGAAAUAAAUGUAGAGAACCAAGGAAAUAUAGUUCGUCAGUGAAUUGCGAUUGAAUCAAUUGAGUAUUAUACCUCAAAACUAAGAAAUCAAAAAUGAAAACAAAGUAUCACGGAAAUCCACGUAGCAUUUAUACCUGUGUUGCGCCAAAAUUCUGCACAUGUCCAGACUUGGGGAGCAACAAAUUGAAGCCUUCGAAAACUGGACACACAAACUGUCUCAAAACCAAGUCCUUGAGUUGUACGAUAAAAAAGCUCACCAAGCUCGUCGCCUACCCGGUAUCGAACACGGAUACUGUACCUAGAAUCUGCAGUUAUUUAGAAGAUUUCAUAAAUCUCGCCGACCGCGAUGGUUUCGUAUCCUUGACACUGUGUGCACUGAUUCAAGUUCUUUACUUGACCGAAAAUUACCUCUUUGCAUGUACAACUUCCUUAUAUACCCUACGCGCAACUCAGUACGUUAAAGAUCUGAACGGUGUGAUGAAAAUCCUUGAGUUCCUUGCUUUGCGAGCACCUGAUAUUCCGGACUACCAGAAAUACCUACAUCAAACUUUACUCUUUUGCCGCACGCCCCCUCUUCUGACGAAGACUUCGGAAGCUCUGUUUUGCGGGAAAAUAAUCGAAGAUUAUUUUACGCUGCUUUCGUACCUUCUACUAAUUUUUCCUACGUUCCGCGAAGUACUUAUUGUUCACGAAACGAUUCACAGACUCCUAGACAAGUCGAAACCUAGGCACAUAGCAGCAGUGAAAUUGGAAACUUGUCGUAAUGCUGUAGAAGCCUCCAUCCUCCCCGUUGUUCUCACGGAAAUCCUGGAAAUUGCGACGAACGAGAUAUUUCCCAGAGUGCUUGAAACCACGUUGCUGCUUGCGUCCGUUUCUAAAAAGUGUUGUUACAGAAUGAUGGAGGCUGGAGUUUUUGAAUAUAUUAUGAUUCGUUUGGAUCCGAACUAUGAGAUCAGACUACCGCUCGUGCCGCCCCCAAAAAUCCAGGACGAGGAAUUGCAGAUGGGUCGAAAUCAAGUGGAGAUUUUGGUGUCCGUUUCGAACCUCAUGUGGACAAUCCUCAACACGAUGAUGAAUGCAACAAAUAUGCCCGCAGAUUUAAGCGGUAUUAAUCCCCCUUCUCAAUCAGCCAUGUGGAGCCUUCGAUACGCGUUUAAGAAGGAAGUACUAUGCAGUAAACAGAACCAGAGCAGUUUAACAAUGAGAAAUGACUUGGCUAGCAUGAUACUGGCAGUCCUUGGAACAUUUCCAGGUUGGAAAUUCAUUGAGUCGGGAUUAGUGGAUGACCUCGUUAUUCUGUCUGUUGCGACGGAACUUGGUAUCGAUAAUACCUGGGCAGGUAGCGUGAAAUUUGGAAAUUCAGACAAAGAUAUACAGUUCAAAAAAAUCCUCAUUCUGGUGGUCUGCUACCUGGAUAAAAUUAUGGCCAGUGUCGAGAUAAUGAAACAAAGAAAACUAAUGGCUGGACUCCUAACUAUUGUAAAUCCGGAUACUAACAAUGAAAAUGUUACAAAAAAUGAAGUACAGUUUUGGGAAUUGAAUCAAUAUGCAUUUCACGCUGUUUGCGUUCUACUACCAAAGAUGCCUGGAGAAUUUAUAGAGGCUAAAGGAACAAAUAGAUUAUUAAUGAUCCUUGAAUGGAGCGUGUUGAGAGAAUUCGACUCUCGAUUGAUUCUAAACUGUAUUAAAGCGGUCAGCUCAAUUGUCAUGAAUGGCACAGAAAUCAUACGCAAUGAUUUUCGCCACCAUGGAGCGGUUGGGACGGUAAUUAAACUCGUUCACUUCAUUUUAUCCAAAAAUAUCAUUGGCUCGCAACAUCAGCGUAUAUUAACUCAUGCCAUAUUGAUCAUGGAGGUUUUAAUCAGACGAGACAGACAUUAUCAAAUUUUGUAUGGAGAACAAAGUGUUAAAAUGGUACUCAGACUACUGUAUAAGUGUAUGUACGAUGAGGCAAGGUCUUGUCAGCUAGAUAACAGACUUGUAAUCGCGUUAGGUGCCUUCAUCUGGGGAUGCAUAGUGUGGUAUCCGUCGACCCUUAAGGCUUUCGUGGAACGAGGGGGUAUUUUCGUAAUGCUUGAUAUUAUCGAUGCUACGAUUUUCCCUGUUCGCAUAAUUUAUUUGGGCGCACUUUGCGAUAUAUGCGAAGAGGAAUCUUGUGAGGCGCAGAUUUCCACUUGGAGAGGUGCAAACAAAGAACUGGGACUCAUGUCUUUACUCGCGAGGAUUUGGAGGGAGGAGGAAAUCAGAAUCAAGGCAAAAAGAACCAGUGAUGGUUGCAUAGAGGAUAUGGAGUUACCAUUAAUGGGUGUUCAACAGUGGAUCACGACGUAUUUUUUUAACCGUGAUCACAGAACAAGUCCAGCGUUAGCGGAAAUGCUCGGUUCUUGUAGACCAAAGAUACACGCAAUACGUAAGAUUAUCGAAAGAAAUUUGGCAGUCUACGAAGUGAGAAAUAAUCACUACAAAAUACUGUUGCGAGAAAUGCCUACGGAGGAUCAUAUCACGAUGCUGAUAGUGGAUCAUUAUUUUCGAUUGAAGCAGGGCGAGGUCUGGACGGAACUUCAGCAAGAUAUGCUUCAUAUCGGAAUAAUACCGUUACGUUUAGACGGGGAAAUGAUCUUUCUCAUGCUUCAGAGUCACCGCAGGCGAUCUCUGUUUAUAAAAUCUAGUCAGGAGGCUAUUCUGAAGGCUAUUAAGGAUGAUCAUGUUCAUGAAGAAAAGACAACGUACAGAGAAAUUAUAGACUCAAAGCUAGCGCCAACUUUGGAUGCGCUGCACGAAAUCGAAUACAUCGCCAGAACCACCGAUUCAGAAUUCAUGCAUAAACGAAAGGACAGACAAAGAUCAGAAGUUGGAAGGGCUCUAAAUUUCCCAAAGAAUGUCGACCUUCAGUUCUACCAUCGAACGUUUUGUAACGAAACGAAUGUCACGGCAAUUAUGAACCUGCAGCAUAUCACAAAGAACGAAGCCCGCACAGCGGAAGAUUCCGAAAAGUAUAAACUUUCCAUUUCAAAUGUUACGACGAGAACUUCUCGGAUGACUAUACCAAACCUGCAGCUUCACCAUGCUGGGCGAGUUUAGCCUCUGACUUACCAUGUUUUCAUUAUUUACCUCGGCGUUUUCAUAACUGACUUGGAAAUUAACAAUGAUAAGAAAAAGAAAUCUUUAUACGAAAUCUUUAAUACUUGCCUUAUCAAGUGACUAAUUGUAAAAUUCUUUGGACGGUGCGAUAUUUAUCUUUGUGCCUAGCGGUCGACAUGAU